AUGCAACAGGUGUGUAAGUCUGCCGCAAGCAGUCCGACCCCACACACAGCAGUCCGACCCCCACACAGCAGUCCGACCCCCACAGCAGUCCUAUCCCCCCACAGCAGUCUACCCCCACAGCAGUCCUAUCCCCCCACAGCAGUCCGACCCCCCAGCAGUCCGACCCCCACACAGCAGUCCUACCCCCCCACAGCAGUCCCCCCCACCACAGCAGGUCGCCCCCCCACACAGCAGUCCGACCCCCACAGCAGUCCUAUCCCCCCACAGCAGUCCGACCCCCCACAGCAGUCCUACCCCCCCCCACAGCAGUCCUAUCCCCCACAGCAGUCCCUACCCCCCCCACAGCAGUCCCUACCCCCACAGCAGUCCGACCCCCACACACAGCAGUCCCUACCCCCCACACAGCAGUCCUACCCCCACAGCAGUCCUACCCCCACACACAGCAGUCCUACCCCCACAGCAGUCCGACCCCCCCCACAGCAGUCCAACCCCCACAGCAGUCCGACCCCCACACACAGCAGUCCUACCCCCCCACAGCAGUCCUACCCCCCCCACAGCAGUCCUAUCCCCCCACAGCAGUCCUACCCCCCCCACAGCAGUCCUACCCCCCACAGCAGUCCUACCCCCACAGCAGUCCUACCCCCCCCACAGUCCGACCACCCCCACACAGCAGUCCGACCCACAGCAGUCCUACCCCCCCCACAGCAGUCCUACCCCCACACACACAGCAGUCCCCCCACAGCAGUCCGACCCCCCACACACAGCAGUCCUAUCCCCCACAGCAGUCCGACCCCCACAGCAGUCCGACCCCCCCACAGCAGUCCCUACCCCCACAGCAGUCCGACCCCCACAGCAGUCCCUGCCCCCCACACAGCAGUCCUACCCCCACAGCAGUCCUACCCCCCCACAGCAGUCCUACCCCCACACACAGCAGUCCUACCCCCACAGCAGUCCGACCCCCACAGCAGUCCUACCCCACAGCAGUCAUAUCCCCCCCACAGCAGUCCGACCCCCCACACACAGCAGUCCUACCCCCUCAGUCCUACCCCCCCAGCAGUCAUAUCCCCCCACAGCAGUCCGACCCCCCACACAGCAGUCCCCCACAGCUUAGUCCCCCACAGCAGUCGACCCCCACAGCAGUCCGACCCCCCACAGCAGUCCUACCCCCCACAGCAGUCCGACCCCCCACACAGCAGUCCGACCCCCCACAGCAGUCCGACCCCCCACAGCAGUCCUACCCCCUCACAGCAGUCCACCCCCCCCCACAGUCCUACCCCCACAGCAGUCCGACCCCCCACACACAGCAGUCAGGCCCACGGUCCUACCCCCCACAGCAGUCCGACCCCCCCACACACAGCAGUCCCCCCACAGCAGUCCGACCCCCCACACACAGCAGUCCCCCCCACAGCAGUCCUACCCCCACAGCAGUCCUACCCCCCCCACAGCAGUCCGACCCCCCCCCACAGCAGUCCGACCCCCCCCCCACAGCAGUCCGACCCCCCCACAGCAGUCCUGUUUCCCCCCCAGCAGUCCUCCCCCCACAGCAGUCCGACCCCCCACAGCAGUCCUACCCCCCCCCCACAGCAGUCCGACCCCCACACAGCAGUCCCUACCCCCCCACAGCAGUCCCCACACACAGCAGUCCCCCCACAGCGAGUCCGACCCCCCACACACAGCAGUCCCCCCACACACAGCAGUCCUACCCCCCACAGCAGUCCUACCCCCCACACAGCAGUCCCACCACCCCCCCCACAGCAGUCCUACCCCCACACAGCAGUCCUACCCCCCCCCCCACAGCAGUCCUAUCCCCCCCACAGCAGUCCGACCCCCCACAGCAGUCCUACCCCCACAGCAGUCCUAUCCCCCCACAGCAGUCCGCCCCCACAGCAGUCCGACCCCCACAGCAGUCCGACCCCCCACAGCAGUCCAGACCCCCUACAGCAGUCCGACCCCCCACACACAGCAGUCCUAUGUUCUCCCCGUGAGUCUGUCAGGCGCCUCACGCCUUUGCAGCCGAUGAGCUAA